AUGAGCCAGGUCGUGACCUUCAUCAACUUGAUCGUCGUGCACUGCCAGGACUUCCUGGACGUCAGCGCGCUCUGCGGCGCAAGCAUCUCGGGCAUCAUCACGGCCGCCGCUGCCAUGGCCCCCUACGGCGCCGCCGUGCAUGCCGCCUGUGCCAAGGGCGGCGUCCUGAAGAACCCCGAGAAGCAGAAGGCGAUCAACUCGCUCCACACCGUGCCCACUCCCCGGCGCUUGGAGCAGUUGAACGAGCUGAAGGACGCCAUGGCGAAUCUCAAGGGCCUUCGCCAGGAGUUGGAGGCCAAGCUCGGCUUCAAUGCCUCGGUGCCGACUCUUUACUCCGAGGCGAACUUGGAGCAGAUGGUCCAACUCAUGGACGACGGGGUGGCCGGCGAUGGGGAGACGUCCUCCAUGCACGGGGCUAUGCCGGAGGAAUGCGAAGAGUAA